GCGCGUCGCGAUGUAGUUGUGCUAAACAGACGCGAAAAUGGAAAAAAUGAGAAAAUAAACAAGAACAUAAUUAAGGUGUUAAACAGCUAAUUUUAAAUUUGUAGUGAGCACUCAGGAGUCACUUGAAAAGUUGUAAAAAAAAACACCAAAAAAAAAAAAGUAUUCGUUCCAUAGAAAUACAUACGUACGCAAGCAUAUGAGUACAAAUUGUGGGAGUUUGAAAACUGUGAAAGUUUAAAAAUUAUCGGAGUUUGAAAAUUGAGGAAGUUUAAAAAUUGUGGGAGUUCAAAAAUUGUGGAAGUUUAAAAAUCGUGAAAGUUUAAAAAUUGUGCAAAGCUUAAAACAAAUACAGAAAUAAAUAAAAUAACAAGGGGGACAAUUGUGAGCUUUAAAUUAUUAAAAAUUGUGUGUGUGUGUGUGUGUAAAACUAUGGAAAGGAAAAUAAAUAAUCACAACUAUUGAAAAAGUGUGUCUUUUCUACAUAUGAAUAUUUCAAUUAAUUAUUGAAUUCAAACAAAGUGGUAAGAGAAAUUUAAAUGUAAACACAUAAAUAUAUAUAAAAAAAAAAUCAAAAACCAAAAACCAAAAGCCAAAGGCAGUAGUGAAAAAAAAAGAAUUUCGUGUAAUAUGCCGUUAGGAUACCGCCGCGAGGCAACGCCCUACUAAAGUGAGUGUUAAGUGCAACCCAAAAUGGUGUAAGAAAUGCUAAAAUCGGAGCAGUAGAUUGCAGAUCAAAAGCUGACUACCACUCAGCACUGUAAUCUCCCUUUAACAAUUCGUGUACAGCUUGCGGACAAAACCGCUUAUCCACGAUUUAAUUUACAUAAAUGAUGUGCCAUGAAGAGCCUCGCGAGCCCUAGACACAUUGUCUGGACAACGCUGAAGCUGAUGAUGCUGCGAAUGCGAAAUGACGAUGCAACACGCAGAUGAGACCGCGACAAGUGGAAUUAAACACUUAUUGCCCCUGUUGUUGCACCAAUUAAGUGCGCCUUCAAAAAAGAAAGUGCGCAUCAAAAACAAGAGAAAGAGAUAGUAAACAUUUGCGGACAAAAAAAGUUGUACAUUUCGCAACUGGAGCUCUGACUCAGAAGCAAAGAUAACAAGAGAAAUCGAAUAUUUUAAUUUACCAUCAUUUAUACCGUCAAUCACUGAUACCCCUUCAGCUCAAUCACACCGAACCAAAAAAAAAGUAAAAUAAUUAAAAUUAAAAAAAGAAAAUUAAAUUAAAACAGAAAAAGUGCUGCAAGCGCCUUCAAAUCACCGAAAAUGAGGGCGCCCAAUUCAGUCAGGUUGCCCGUCAUAUUGCUGAUAUUUUUGCUGCAAACGUAUAACAACUUGGAUUUGCGUGCAGAUGCUGCUGUCACGUCAUCGAAGUCAGCCGAGGCUGAUAUUGACUCCGAACACACGGAUUCAUACAACAUUCGCCAUGGACGCUCAAAGGUGCGACGCUCCAACGAAAAGGAACACAACCUGUGGGCCAUGCGACCCCAAAACACGCCAACAACCAAUAAAGUGGCAAAUAGACGCAACGUUGAAGCCGCCGUAAGCACAGGUGUCAGUAAAGGCGUACGCAAAGACAGCGCAAUCGUUUCGCAAAACUUCAAAGUGGAGAGCAGUUUGGUGGGUGCCAUAAGCGCUAUCGACUACGAUGAUGAGAUGGCGCCGAGUACAGCAGAAGGCAACAAUCAAAAUUUGACGAUGCACAAGAACAACGAUAAAAUGUAUAAAGUCAAGGAGCAAAAUGAUCGUUUGAGCGGGUUUUGGAGCAGCGAACCUGUCAGCAGCAUUCAAACUGGCAAUGGGCAUUUGUUCGGCAGCGAUUAUUGGCGCAAUUCAGACGCGAACGGUACGUUAAUAAAUCCGCCGGAAAUUAGUGCGCCGCAGCGGUUAAGAAUGUUGUCACAAUCUAUGCCGCAAUACCGGACACAGUCAGUUGGCGAACGAAAUUCACGACGGGCUGAUAAACAAAAUUGGGUAGGUGCUGCACACCCCUUCGGCGCUGCGAAAGCCACCGCAUUGCCAGAAACUGGCAUCAAUGGCCUUGGCACCACUGAUGCGCCAGUCACACAUCGCAUUCGUAAGCUGCAUAUGAAGAAGAUAAUGGAAAGCAUACGGAAUAACGUUGGUAAGAGUCUCGGUGUCAAGUUGACGAAAAAUCAUCAGCGCAGUCUAGUGACUGCAGAACAGCUACAGGGUAGACCAAUGGAUAUAGAGGUCAACCAAGCGCAUGAUACGGCAACCGAUGACAACGCGUUCGAUAGUGCUGACAACAGUAUGGAGGAGGACGUUAGCCAGGAAGACAGUGGCAGUGUGAGUGGUGCAGAUGAAGCCGAUGCCGAAGAUGAUGCGCAAAAUUUCGAUAGCCGCAGUGAUGGUCGGGCUGAUGGUGUUGCCAGUGCUGGUGAGGUGGUGGGAAAUAGUGAGGAAGAUGUAGAGGGCGAGAGUGCAAGCAACGGAGAUGGGGAGAUGGGGAGUCUUGGCGUGGAUAAUGAAGAUGUCAGCAGCAAUGCCUUGGACGCUGACAUCGACAACAGCAACGGUGAAAUGAACGAAGUUUUGCAAUUAGCCGAUGAAUUAGAUAUACCGGGCAAUUCGCUGGAAGAUGUAUAUCAGAACGACGACUAUAUUACAACAACACCAAAUUAUGUCACGACAAGGUCUGAAAACACUGAAGAAUUGACAACUUACACCCCAUUCAUGGCGGAUGCUAUAUACUUUGGUACCACAACACCUACUCCAACUCGGAGGCCGCUUAAAUGGGUGACCACAAAAUUACAGCUCAUACCACAGACGACUAUGCCAACAAAACUUAUGCUGUUGUCCACUGUGCCAUCUAAAGACUUGGCACAGACGAAGCUUUCUCCCAACCCAGUAUGGAAAAAUCAGAACUAUUCCGCAGCGCAACAAAAUCAAAUUGCCGCUAUAGAGCGCCCCACAUGGCACACGAACAGUGCCACACCAACGAAACAAUCCCCGAAUGACCAACUCAACAUUGAACUGACGAAAUCCAAUUCAAUUUCUGGUGACUUGGUUAUAUCCACCAGGUUACAAGAUGACACCAACAUAGCACGAUUUGAAGCCACUACAACGGCAAACGACACAGAAGAAUUUGGCGAGAAUGAAACAAAAAAUGCCACCAACAAGUACUUUGCACUAAAUCUGCCUACAAAUAGCACGGAACCGAUAAUGCCCAAAGUGCUGAAUGAAGAUUUCGACUGGCCAAUUAGCAACUUCUCGAUAGAACCCAACCAAUUGGCGAGCACCAGCGUUGGCGGCAUCGGUUUGGAUCGGCAACAGUCGUUCGAUGUCGAAGAAAUAAAUUUCGAAAAUGUCGUACUAGAUAACUUGGACGACAUUACAAUGGACGACGGCCAUAUGGACAAUCGGAAUGCACACGGUUUUCCGGUAAGUAGCUCGGCCGACGUGAAUGGCGGCGAAGACGGUAACGAAACCGAAGGCGAAGACGAAACGAAUCGGUUUUUGGCGGGCGUAGUCGAUGCGGCAAACGAAGACGAAAUAUACGAUUGGGACGAGAUAUCGCGAAAUAAUCGACGUAAUUUGAUGCGCGGACGGGAUGUCGUAACGAAAUUUUUACAAAUUGUUGAAACGCAACAUUUGCUCGGUGCCAAUUGUGAGGCCGGAACGUCGUUAAAUUUGGGUGAAGGCGUAGUCGAUCGAUACGCACAGGAUCGGUUUCGAGUUGAAGCAGAGGUGGCGGUGAAUCGUGCCAAUAUGCUAACCAGAAUUUUCAAGAUGACUACACCGGCCGCUCAAGCUGACGUUAAUCUCUUACACGCUUCCGUUCUUUCGAUGGUCGAAUUCGAUGAUGACAUUUUCGCGGCUGGCAAUUGUUUCGACUGGAAUGAACACCCUUCCCAAACGGGACUCUUCUGCCCUUUUGCCUAUCGUCUGCCGGCACCGAACCUCGGCGCCAUUCUCGCCAAGGACCUAUCCAUGGAGUAUCACUACCUCGGCAAUACGUCCGAAUGGUUUUUUCAGGCGCGUAAGAACGCGGAGAAGGUGAUUGUGCGCAACGAACAGUACCUUAAGUCCUUCCAUCUGUACUCUAACAAAACCGAUGAGCGCAUCGAAUAUGACACAUUGGCUGUGAAGUAUGAGGAUGGGCGUUGGUCCAAGCCCUAUUAUGAUUGCGGAGGCGGCAAUAUUUGGAUGCUGACUUAUACAGUGCCAUUUUUCGGCUACGAGAAUGGAACCUAUCAUUUCAAAGGCACAUCGGGCAUCGAUAUUGAUUUGAGGCGUGUCGAUAUCGACCAGUGCCCGCAACGAAAUUCGCCGGGCAGCAACCAACCGCUGAACAUCUUCGCUGGGACCGAUAAAUGUAAACAACGCACAACUAUGUGUGAAGCUCUAAAAGGUUUGGGAUUUCGUCGUGGCUCCUAUAAAUGCGUUUGCCGGAAAGGCUACUACUUUCCCGAUACCAUCUCCACUCAGAAGUUCUUCAAUGGCAGUUUGCUGGAGGAGGAGUACGAGAAGCUAAUGUUGGGCAAAAACUCCACCUACAACAUUAUCAAUGAGUACGAAUGUCUACCCUGCGCUGAGGGCUGUGACUACUGCGAGGAUGGCUCGCCUUGCAUCGCAGCGCUUAAUUGGCCGAUGCGUACAAGUAUUUUGGUGUUGGCAUGCACCGUUAUUGGGCUGCUACCACCAGCAGCUUGGUUUACAUUUCGAUAUCAACAAGUGAAGGUCGUACGCGCCGCCAGCCCUGCACUGUUGCGCGUCAUAGCUUUGGGCGCCUUCUUCAUCUACUGCACGAAUAUUGUGAUGUACCCUAACCCGAAUCUAUACACCUGCACAGCGCGCAUUUGGCUACGCGAAAUCGGAUUCUCACUAACUUACGGCGCUUUGAUGUUGAAAACUUGGCGCAUUUCGGUGAUAUUUCGUGUACGUUCAGCGAAAGCGGUGAAAAUCACAGACGCAGCACUAUUGAAGCGACUUGGCAUUAUUUGCGGUGUCAUUGGUACGUGCCUGCUGGUGCGUACAUUGGUUGCACCGCCCGAUGUUGUGGUCGGCCGCACUGCCGAUGAUCUGAAAGCGUUUUUAUGCAAAACGGAUUACUGGGAUUACACGUUCACAUCAAUGGAGGUUCUAUUUCUCGCCUGGGGUGUGCGACUUUGCAUUAUGGUGCGGAAAGCGCCGUCCGAAUUCAAUGAAAGUCGCUUUAUUUCGAUGGCCAUCUAUAAUGAAUUUCUGCUGACUUGCUUCCUCAAUGUCUCCAUGCUAUUCCUACAAUCACCGGCUAAUCCUGACUUACUCUACAUCAUUUUCUUCUGUCACACUCAACUGACGGUGACACUUUUAUUGUGUCUAAUAUUUGGCAGUAAGGUUUACAUUGUGCUGCGCAGCGGUAAAUCGCAUCAAGAGGCCAUUGGUAUGGGUGCGAAAUCCUCCGGCGCCAAAUUCAAUUUUCGUCCACAAGUGCGCACAUUUGCUAAUCCCAGCUCGGUUACCACGUCCACCGUUCCCGCACCAGGCACCACUUCAGGGGAUACCAGACUAUCCGACCAGGAAGCACUCGAAGAAAUCCGCCAGUUGAGUGUGCAGCUGCAACGCAUUCAAGAGAUGGCACCACCCAAGGGCGUAGCCGUUAUGACAAUCUCCAGCUUACUGGAUGGCCUUAAGACGCCAGGUGGCAUGAUAAUGGUCGCUGCUGCUGCGUCUCAGGCUGCUACUUCCAACAAUCAACUCGCAGUACGCCCAUUCACGCCCGGCGGAGGCGGUGGUUGUGCGAGUGCUAGCAGCGGAGGCGCCUUACCUUUGCUCGCACUCAGCACAGAGAUGGAAAAAUACAAUCAGCAGCUGCAUGCAACACAUAACAAUAAUAUCACUGUAGCAGCGUCUUUAAGUGGGACUGGUGGUGGUGAUGUUGCACAGCCAUCUCGGUCUAGAGCAACACUGCUAGAAGUGGAGACUAGCACCACCACCUUAGAGGAGUUUACGCUGGUGGCACGAGAGGACCGAGCUAUAAAUACGGAUUUGACGCGCAGUGAAGACUUCCACCAGCAGGCGCUGGGCUGUGCAUCGGGUCAUAUAAUCUGCACGCGCUGCUUGGUUAUUUCGAAGGAACACUACUUCGGUUGUCGCCCAUUCACACCACCACAUGGACUGCUGCCAAGCUAUUACGAUAGCGGGCAUAGAAGAUCUGGUGUUGGUAGAAGUGGGAAGCGCGAACAAGCAGACGAGAUGCUUAGCAGAGCUACAUGCCAGCAACUGGGCUCGCCCCAACCGGAAGGCAGCAUUAGUUUCGCAAAUAUAAAACUAGAGUGCAUGUGCUCACAACCGGACUUGGAGCUCGACACGGAGUUGGACAUUCCACAAAGGCGGCGCCUUAAUGUACGCAGCGCAGCAACCAAUACACCGCCAUCCACUGGAGGCAGCAGUAGACGCUGUAGUUGUCGCGCGAAAAUGUGCAGCCCGAGGUGGCAAGGUGGUGGCGGUGAGGGUGGCGACGGUGACGGUGAUGUCAGCUACCGUAUUUGUGAUAAUUGUAAAAAUAAGUAUCGAAAUAGCAAUAAAUAUGGCGGUAGAAAGUUCCGAAAGAGUACUCGUCUUACGUCUUCGUCAACGACUAUGGCAACGCUAGCAGCAGCUACAGCAAUAAAGGCGGACGAUGAACAUCAGGCGCAGAAAAAUCUCUUGGCGGCGCGCGCCGGUGUAAGUCAGACGCGCAGCAGUGACUUGCUGGACCGCCAACUUUCAAGUGCAAUCGCCGGUCUGGCAGGCAGCAUCGCAUCAGCGGAUCAGAAACAAAAGAUGCACUCCACCGAUGAUAUCAUUUUCUAUACCACCACCGACGAGAGCAGCACCAACAGUGACGACUCUUUGGACGACGACGACGACCGAGAGGGUGCAUGCAGUCGACUGCGUAGACGGCGACGUGAGCUGACAUAUCAGUCCACAUCUGCACUUGGUACUACUUUAAGCGGCUGUGCGACGUUGCAAAAAGUGGGGCAAAUGGCGACAUCAGAAAUCUCAGUGGCGGCGACAACAGCACCCAGCGCUGUGGCGCCGACAAACGAAAUACCGCUGAAAGCUGAGUCGACUGGUAAUGCACAAUCAAUAGGUAAUGUCUCCAAUACCUCAAAUAUCUCGGCGAAAAGCGGCGAGAAAGCAGCGCCAAAUGGUGGUGAUAACAAUGCCAAGACGAAUGGGUCUGGGCGUGCAAAACGACCCGACAAACUGAUACUCGAUCUGAAUGAUCGAUCCAAGUAUACCAAAGAGGUUUCCGUAUAGAUUUCUAGCAAUGGGUGCUAUAUUAAGAAUGUUACCGUUAUAGGUGUGCGGGUAAGCACUUCGCUAAGUUAAGAUAUGUAAGUAGACUAGGGAAGAAAGUGAGAUGGAGUAUUUUGUAAAUAUGACGGCAGAAAUUUGGAAAUAAGGCGCAUAAAUGCAUAUGCACUGUGAUGAUUUGAGAAAUUGUUAAUAUUUAUAACUAUUUAUAUAAUAAUAGAAUAAGAAGAAAGUGGGGAGUGAGCAUCUUUAAUAGUCACUAAUGUUAAUGUAAUGUACAUAGAAAACCCAUAGAGUUCGCAUAUGAAAUUAAUUUGUUUGCGUAAUUAAGAUGGAAGGGAGCCGGAAUUCAUUGCGGGUUCGAAAAUUUUGCUAUUGAAGGGUUUUACUGCUAGUUGGCAACAUGAAUUUUCAACACAAACUGCAACUAUUUUUUUUUCUUCUUAUUUACUAGAGUUUUUUCUCCAAGCCAAGAAAAUCAAUACAAAUUUUUGAGUGCCAGUGUUUCAUUUCUAGAAUUUUUAUUUUCUUUUAAUUUUUUUCCAUGUUUUAGGAGGCAACUAAAGUUAAAACAUUUGAGGUGUCAAUCUUUUACGCCAAAAAUCAAAUACAGCAAGUUUCCUAGAUAUUAGCUUACAUUUUUGCACAAAUCGAAAACUAGCUCCUGGGCAGGCAAUGGCAAACCUCCGAGUGUAUUUCUACCAGGAAAAAGCUCCUCAUAAAAACCAUUUGCCGUUCAGAGUCGACUUAAAACCGUAGAUCCCUCUAUUUGUGGGACAACAUCAAGACGCACACCAGAAAUAGAAGGAGGAGCACGGCUAAAGACCCAAAAACGGUGUACGCACCAAUUAUAAAGGGUGGUUAAGUUUCAAGGGCCGGUGUUCAUUUUGAAUAAAAUACAAUUUUUUUCAGAAAUUAUUAUCAUUUCUCUUUAUUAUGAUAAUAUUGGUAUGGUUCAAUUACGUAUGGAAUAAAAUAUUGGCCUCGGCAGAACACCUUCAUCCGAUGGUCCAAAUUUUCGAUG